AUGCCUGAGGACUUCACACAUGCACUUUGUAGUGUUGAUUCAGAAUUUUCUGGAUCUGACUCAUGUCCAGACCACUCUGACUCUGAGGACAACACUUCUGAUCUCAAGGAGCUUCAAGAAUGGCAUCAAAUCAUUCUACUCUCCACUCUCCCCCAGAACCACAAGAGAGCUGUGGAGAAUAACCCAAACAUGAUAUUGGACAAUAACAUUGCUGCCCAAGCAAAAAAAAACUUUGGCCAUGUGUUUUCAAAUGUGGUUGGGGCUGAAAGACCCAACAUCCUCAAGCCUGUCAAGGAUAAUGUGCAGCAACUCUUCAUGCACUUGGGCCUUGGGUCAAAUGAGGAUAUGAAAGUGUUGCUGAAGAUGCACCCAGGGAGUGUUGGUACUUGCUACACCCCUCUCUCCCUGAUCCUCUUCCCUAAACCAGAUGCUCUGGUGGCUAGGGACUUAUUCAAAUCCCAACUCCUAGUCAAUAUCAUCCAUGUCAUGGUGUUUGGCAAGGGUGUCCUCAUGGGCAAGCGAAGAGGUGGUCCACAGGGACGAGGUCAGAAACUGGGGAUAUCUGGUGCUUUGGCUGGUCUGAUCACCAUCACUGCAACCUUUCCUUGGUAUAAUAAGCAUGGUACUUACUAUUGA